ACAGGUUUUAGACCAGUCCCUGUUGCAAGAUCUUAUGGGGAUAACAAAUAUUAAAAAAAAGUGGAAGCUUAUGCUCAAAGCACACCGUUCUUUUCUCUCUCUCCUCUCUCUCUUUCUCUCUCCUCUUUAAUUUUUUAAGAUUUUUCAAUGAAGCAAAGCAUCUCUCCCCACACACCUCCACAUAGUAUAGGUUUCUCCUGUAAGUAUUCCAACCUUUCUUUGCUUACAAUUAAGAACCUCUCUUUGCCAUCUUUUCCUCCAUCUUUCAUUUAAAUACAUAUGUUAUAGUAUUUUGUUCCCAUCUUUCUGUGCAAAUAGCCCCUCAAAGUUUGGAAUCUCUGCUUGCUUUCAGAUGUUAAUGUAGGUCAAUUUCAUAUGCUGCUUCAUUUGUUUAAACAUCAUCUUCUGUUUUUCAGCAGCCAUUGCUGUUAUUAAUAUGGCUGGACCAGCUGUCUUUUUGCUCCCUCAAGUUUGUUGUAAUCCUACAGUUGUGUUAUGGGAUUGAUGUCUUAAUUCAGCAUUCAUGGUUUCUUUUAAGUCCUUAGGAACAUUGCUUUUUCAUAAGAAUUUGAUUCUUUCUUGGAGCAUUCGGCUUUGCGUGCUUUCGUCGUUGUCAUUACCUCAAUAGGCUACAGAUCAUAACAUAAACCUCUUCGAUUCUUGAAUUCGUUUCUUCCAUCUUUGGGUUAUAUCAUCCUGAGUUUUCUAACACAUUCUUUAUUCAAAAUUUUGUCUGAAAUUGAGGUUUCAGUUGUUUCAAACGAUCCUGUCUUCGUUACGGUUGGAAGUCUUUUGAAGUUGUAGAGCUCUUGCUCAUCUUAUUAGAGAAACAAGAACUUCUAUUCUUUGUGUUCUGUUCAAUUCUUUCAUACCUUGGGCAAUUUUUUUAGGCAGGAGGUUUUGCUUCUAUUCUUACUACCUCAGACAUACUUCUUUGAUUGGAAUUUGGGAAAUUUUCAGAACUGGGAUUAAGACAGAAGUAGUACUAGAAGAGCUGGAAGAACAGCAUGAGUUUCUUGACAUUUAUAACAGGAUCCACAAAAUCAUGGCAGCCAGCCAUGACAGUUGACACAACAACUGCUUCUUAUUGGCUGAACUGGAGGGUCUUGCUCUGUUCCAUAUGGGUUCUAAUGUCGAUGGUUUUCGCAUCGAUUCUUAUAUCGAAGCAUGAAUGCCGACGAAAUUCAGAAGAAGGAAGUACAGAAAACCAGCAACAAGAAGAGCCGGCCGGAAUCGUAUAUGAGGAUGAAGUGUGGAGGCCGUGUCUCCGGAGCAUCCAUCCUGGUUGGCUGCUUACAUACAGAGUUUUCGCCUUUUUCGUGCUUCUGCUGAUGCUUAUCCUGAAUGUAGCUGUUGAUGGAGGCAGCAUAUUUUACUUCUACACUCAGUGGACUUUUACGCUGAUUACCAUUUAUUUCGCGCUCGGAUCCUUGCUGUCGAUACACGGAUGUUGUCGGUAUAGGAACAGAACUGAAGGCGACCAGCAUUUUGACACCGAACGUGGAUCUUAUGGGCCUUCUACAACUUCACAGAAUAAUGCAACAAAAGCCAUGAACCUCAAUCAAGAACCUGUCGUUCGCCAAAAAGCUGGAUCAUUGGCAUAUGUUUUCCAAAUCAUUUUCCAAAUGAAUGCUGGAGCUGUAAUUCUGACAGAUACCGUCUUCUGGUUCAUACUUGUUCCAUUUCUUGCCAUUAAAGAUUACAAUCUGAAUUUUUUGAUUAUAAACAUGCACUCAAUCAACGCUGUUUUUCUCCUCGGAGAAACUGCUUUAAAUUGCUUGCGGUUCCCUUGGUUUAGAAUCGGAUACUUUUUCCUCUGGACUGCCGUUUAUGUUCUUUUCCAAUGGAUUGUCCAUGCCUGCAUCGCGAUCUGGUGGCCUUAUCCUUUUCUUGAUUUGUCAUCUUCAUACGCUCCAUUAUGGUAUUCAACUGUGGCGUUGAUGCACAUACCGUGCUAUGGCAUAUUCGUUCUAAUAAUGAAGGCAAAGCAUUGUUUGCUGUCAAAAUGGUUUCCUCAGUCUUACAGGUGUCUGCAGUAAUUCUCUUGCUGAAAUAAACGAUGAGUUUUAGGCGCAAGCCGAUGCUUCUGAAGGAAAACGGCCUGCUUUUUCUGCUCAGUGCAACUCUCGUACAGGAAAACGAUGAACGAUACCAGUCAAUAGCUAACAAAAACACAGAUUAACGCCGGUAAUUUAUAUCCCUUAUGGAGAUCUCCUGGAUCUCAUGUCAUUAGUAUCUGAAGCAAAUUCUGUUCGAAAUCGACUUACGUUUUGGGACAUGUACAGAUGAUACUGACUCUGAUGAUAGAAUCAUUAAAGUUUGAAGCCAUAAUUGUUGUAAGUUUGUAACUAUAUAUAGAUCUCAAAGGAAAAGAUACACAGUAAAAAAUUUUCUGUAACCCUGGCUUUCUCUUCCAGUUUCAUGCCUUCAUUGGUUUUUUAUUU